GGACACCCUGCGCCUCUGUCCCUAGCAGAAGGAGAAAGCCUCGAUUUGAGUGAAGAUGAGCCACCCGCGAGGCGACGGAAGCGCGCGCCGGUGGAAAACACACCAGAGGAGUGGAGACGUCACCGUCUCGCCAUCAAGGAGGCUUUUCCUCAGGGGUGGUCCCCUCCACGUAAAUUAUCUCGUGAAGCCAUGGACGGUAUGCGUGCCAUGCAUAUCUAUGACAAGCGUACGUUUUCGACGCCGGUGCUUGCUGAGAAGUUCAAGAUCAGCCCGGAGGCUGUCCGCCGCAUCUUGCGGAGCAAGUGGGAACCGUCGAGAGAACAACGAGCGAGAUUUGCAGAACGGGAGCGACGG